UCUGUAUAAACUUCUCAGAUCUUCACGUCUAUUUUAAAAGCAAUUCGGUGUCCAACAUUAGGAUGUUAUUAUAGUGCAAUAUAAGCUUGAAAACAAAUACAAUAAUUAUUCGUGUCGUGAUAUCGGUGCAAUUAAGGAUUUUGUGAUGAAGUGGAUAUUGUGCCUAACUUGGAUAAGCCUGUUCUUAUAUAUCAAUGCUGAGGAAGACUCCACUAGUCCUCCAUUCGGCUCCCAGCAAGGAGGUUCACGUUUGUACCCCAGCCUAACUGGUGUUACUGACUACAACAACAGGAACGGUUACACUAACUACGUAUCUGGACAAACGGGUAACAGCUACAACAGUGGUGCCAGAUAUCCCUAUCAACAACCCGGCAACAACCAGCCCUAUCCAAUAGGUACAGGUCCGUACAACAUGUCAUAUUCUGGAUAUCCUGGUGCCAACAACAUGCCCAACAACUACAACUACAAUUCAUCGCUCCCAACCUACCCGAACAACAACGUUUACAGGCCUGGUGCGAAUCCUGGUCAACCUUUCGGUAACCCUAAACCAAUAUCAAACCCCCACCAACCUUUCGGAACACCAGGUGGAUCCAUAAGUAGUCCCUAUCCUAACCAGCAGAAUAACACGAGACCUUACAAUCCAAUCAAUCAAAAUACUAGACAGCCUGCUUAUCCGAACAAUCCAAGUUAUCUGAACAAUCCAAGUUAUCCGAACAAUCCAAGUUAUCCGAACAAUCCAAAUUAUCCGAACAAUCCAAGUUAUCCGAAAAAUCCCAGCUCUCCAUACAAUCCUACUUAUCCUAACAGUCCUGGUACUACCGGCGGUUCUAGUUAUCCGUAUAAUCCAAAUUACCGGGCUAACUCAAGUUAUCCAACUAACCCAGUUAACCCUUCCUAUGGAAACUCGAAUUAUCCAACCAAUCCGGUUUAUCCAGGAAGUUCUGGUUACCGUAACAACGGUACUACGUACCCUAGGCAACCAGUGACGAAUAAUGAUCCACAUAGACCUUUUGGACAACCUCCAAAACCGGCUGUUUCUAAUCCCUACUAUAGGCAUUAGAUGUAGGUGGUUUAUUGCUUGAGCAUUCGAUCCAUGCCAUCCUUUUUUUUUCUAAAUCUGUACUCUGUAGGAAAAUAAACUUAUGAUAC